AUGAAGGCAACUUGCUGGAUUCUGGCAGGCUUUUGCCUGCUUUUCUGCUGCAAGGCAGAAGAGGGACUGAAUUUCCCCACCUAUGAUGGGAAAGACCGAGUGAUUGACCUGAACGAGAAGAACUACAAGCAGGCCCUGAAGAAGUACGACAUGCUCUGCCUGCUUUUCCACGAGCCUGUGAGCUCCGACAAGGUCUCCCAGAAGCAGUUCCAGAUGACGGAGAUGGUCCUGGAGCUGGCAGCUCAGGUCCUGGAGCCCAGGAGCAUCGGGUUUGGGAUGGUGGACUCCAAGAAGGAUGCCAAACUUGCCAAAAAGCUAGGCUUGGUUGAAGAGGGAAGUCUCUACGUCUUUAAGGAGGAGCGGUUGAUUGAAUUUGAUGGGGAGCUGGCCACAGAUGUCUUGGUGGAAUUCCUCUUGGAUCUGCUAGAAGACCCCGUGGAGAUCAUAAACAACAAGCUGGAGCUUCAGGCCUUUGACCAAAUUGAUGAAGAAAUCAAACUCAUUGGCUACUUCAAAGGAGAAGACUCUGAACAUUACAAGGCAUUUGAGGAAGCUGCUGAACACUUCCAGCCCUACAUCAAAUUCUUUGCCACAUUUGACAAAGGGGUCGCCAAGAAGCUAGGUCUGAAGAUGAACGAGGUGGACUUCUACGAACCGUUCAUGGAUGAGCCUGUUCACAUCCCCGAUAAGCCUUACACGGAGGAGGAGCUGGUUGAAUUCGUGAAGGAGCACAAAAGAGCCACCUUGCGGAAGCUGCGUCCAGAAGACAUGUUUGAGACGUGGGAGGAUGACAUGGAAGGAAUCCAUAUUGUGGCCUUCGCUGAAGAAGAUGACCCAGAUGGCUUUGAGUUCCUGGAAAUCCUGAAGCAGGUUGCCAGGGACAACACCGAUAAUCCCGACCUGAGCAUUGUGUGGAUUGACCCUGACGACUUUCCUCUGCUGAUCACUUACUGGGAGAAGACCUUCAAGAUUGACCUGUUCAGGCCACAGAUCGGCGUGGUGAACGUCACAGACGCUGACAGCGUCUGGAUGGAGAUCAGAGAUGAUGAUGAUCUGCCCUCAGCCGAGGAGCUGGAGGACUGGAUAGAAGACGUGCUUUCUGGGAAGAUAAAUACUGAAGACGAUGACGACGACGAUGACGACGACGACGAUGACGACGAUGAUGACGACGACGAUGAUGAUGACGAUGAUGACGAUGACGACGACUAA